AUGAAGCAGGGCAAGGAAUAUUCUGUCACCAAAUCAGACAGCAGACGAAUUUACUUCAAAUGCAAGCAUUCAGAUAAGUGCCCCUUCAAGCUCAGUGCAUCGUCUCAAGAUGGAUCCAUUUGGGGUGUGUAUAAGUUUACCAAUGAGCACUCAUGCGACGGUGAUCUAGGGCGCGUAAAGCGAAUAAAGGCCCCCGCAAAAGUCGUUGCAACAUAUUUAACACAGAAAAUAGAUAACGAUUGUGAGAUCUUGAAGCCGAAGGCCAUCCAGCUGGAGCUGCAACGUGAGUUUGGUGUACAGAUCAAGUAUGAUGUUGCAUUGCGAGCCCGUAAUCGAGCGACUGAGAUGGUUUAUGGUCGACAUGAUCAAUCCUUCGAGAUGCUGCCUAAGUAUUUAUACAUGUUGAGACAAUCCAAUCCCGGUUCGUUGGUGGAGUGGGAAGUUGACCCUGAUGGCCGAUUCAAACACUUAUUUGUUGCUCUUGCAGCUUUGGCUAGUUGUUUCAUAUUCAACUUACGGCCAGUGAUUGUAGUCGACGGCACACACUUGAAGGGCAAGAAUAGGGGUAUUCUAUUUGUUGCAGUGACCAAAGACGGCAAUAAAAGUUUAUUCCCACUCGCGUAUGGUGUUGGCCCGAAAGAGAACGAUGAAUCGUGGAUGUAUUUCAUGUCGCGCAUUCGACGUGUUUAUGGGCAAGCCAAUCCACUUUUGAUUGUCUCUGAUCAAUAUAUCUCCAUUGCCAAUGCUAUCAGGAAUGAGUUACCAAAUGCAACCCACGGCCUAUGCUACUACAAUUUGCAAAAUAACCUGAAGCAUUACGGUAAGGCAGUGGUAGAGUUGUAUCGACAAGCUGCAUUUGCGUACGAGAAAUCUAACUUCACUAGGGCUAUGAACGCCCUAAAGGUUAUGAAGAUAGCCGCGUACGAUAAACUAAUGGGGAUUGGGCCGAAAAAGUGGGCUCGUUCGAUGUGUCCUAUGCCUGUACGAUGGUAUAGUUUUAUGACAUCAAAUGCUGCUGAAGCUUUUAAUGCCAGAUUGUUGUGGGCAAGAAGACUUCCUAUCUGCUCAAUGUUAGAGGCAAUCAGACUUGUUAUUGAGAAAUGGUUUAGCGAGCGACUAAGAGCUGCACAACAAAGCGAGGAACCCUUGUCUGCUGAGGCCGGUAAAAUGGUAGCUAUUGAAGUCCAAAAAAGUCAUCGAUACACUGCACAAAGGUUGAGUGGCCGGAAGUAUAAGGUGCAAACUGGUGACAGAAGCUUUAAGGUGGAUCUGGAGAAGAAAAAAUGCAAGUGUCGAGCAUUUCAGCUAGACCAACUGCCAUGUUCUCAUUCAAUCGCUGCAAUAAGUUACUCUGGCGAAGUUAAUAAUCUCCCGCCAAGACACCAGUGGUUGAUUCCUGAGUACCUCGCUGAGAGUGUUGUAUUACCUCUGAUUGUCACUGGACAAUCGGGGCGACCAAAAGAAGGUAGACAUCGAGGUGGUGGUGAAGGCAGCAGCACACAAGCAGAUGCGUCUUCGAGUAGCAGGCGUCGUAAACCAAAGAAGUGCAGCAUCUGCCAUGAAGAAGGACACAGCAAGAGAACGUGCGCUGGCAGGGCGACUGAGCCCAGGGAGUAG